CUUGCACUUUUGAUCAAUUGAUUUGAUGGAAAUUGUUUGAUUUUUUUUUCUUCUUUUCUCUAACAAUUUGUUUGUUAAUUGUUGCAAUUUUCUUUCUCUUGUUACAAUUAAAUAUUUAGAUUAUUGAUUCUUUCACCUGUGAGAGAUUGUGAUUAGUAUUUGGUGUUUACUAUUCUUCCAUCUCAGUGUUUCUUUUUUUUUCUUUUCUGUUGUUCUCCUUUUGCUUUAUGUUUAGCUUGUGUGUGUGUGCUUUGGAAAAGUUAAUUGUUUCUAUAAUACAUAUUGAGUUUUGAGUGUUGCCUUUUAUUGGAAUAUGGUUAAUGAGAAUCACGUAAAUGGAUCACCUGAUGAUCUAACUGAUGAACCUGAUUUUAGUGAUCCAGAGGAUUUCAUUGAUGAUGGUCGAGAUGAAGAAAUUUUACCCGAAUUAUGGAGAAAAAGACCAAAGGAACAAGAUGGUUUCGAUAAUAUUAUUGUUGUUGAUAACAUCCCUCAGGUUGGACCUGAGCGUCUUGAUAAACUUAAAACUGUUCUCAAGAAAUUUUUCGGUAAAUUCGGAAAAAUAAUAGGUGAACCUUAUUAUCCUUUAGAUGAAAAAAGUUGUACCAAAGGGUAUUUUUUUAUUGAAUAUGCUAACGCUGAAAUGGCCCAAGAAGCGGUCAAAGCUUCUGAUGGUCAUCGUCUCGAUAAACAACACGUAUUUGCUGUUAAUUUGUUCAACGAGAUUGAAAAGUAUUCGAAUAUUGAAGAAAAUUGGGAACCACCUAAGCCCCAACCCUACAAAGAUCGUGGAAACCUAAGAAGUUGGAUCUUAGACCCUGAUUGCUAUGAUCAGUACAGUGUUCUUCAUGACGAGGGAAAACUAGUUACUAUUUUCAAAAACGCAACACCAGACCCAAUCUCUGUUAGAGAACGUAAAGCUUGGACUGAUGCUGUUGUUAUCUGGUCUCCAUUAGGAACUUACAUAGCAACUUUCCAUCGAAAAGGAAUCGCUCUCUGGGGUGGAGAUGAGUUUAAUCAAAUUGUUAAAUUUACACACGAAGGGGUUUCUUACAUUGACUUUUCUCCAUGUGAGAAAUAUCUUGUAACCUUUAGCUCAAUGUUAGCUGCCAAUGAUCAUCCGGAGGCUAUAAUUAUGUGGGAUGUUCGAACAGGAGUGAAACGACGAACAUUCCACUCAGAGCAAGAAAAAGUUAGUUGGCCAGUUUUUAAAUGGUCUCCUGAUGAUAAAUACUUUGCCCGAAUUGGACAAGAUCUCCUAAGUAUUUAUGAGACUCCGUCAAUGGCUCUCCUAGAAAAGAAAUCAAUGAAAAUUGCUGGAGUUAAAAACUUUUCAUGGUCACCAUCUCAAAAUAUACUCGCUUAUUGGGUGGCCGAGAAUAAAGAUGUACCCGCUCGGGUAACCCUUCUAGAGAUUCCCUCUAAAACUGAACUUCGAGCUAAAAAUCUUUUCAAUGUUGCCGAUUGUCGUAUGCAUUGGCAAAAAUCUGGUGACUAUUUGUGUGUAAAAGUUGAUCGAUAUACUAAAGUUAGAAAGGAGAAAAAUGAAGUCAAAUAUAGUGGAAUGUUUUACAAUUUUGAAAUAUUUGACAUGAGGAAAAAAGAUAUUCCAGUUGCUAGUAUUGAAAUCAAAGAGGGAAUUGUAUCUUUUGCCUGGGAACCUGUUGGAAAUAAGUUUGCUAUUAUUCAUGGCGAUGGACCCCAAUUCUAUACUGUCUCUUUCUAUGGUAUUAAACAAGGAACCACAAUUUCCUUGCUGAAAAAAUUUGAAAACAAACAAUGCAAUCACUUGUUCUGGUCACCCAGUGGUACUUUUAUCGUUAUGGCCAGUUUACGAAGUAUGAACCAUGGCCUCGAAUGGGUGGAUACAACCGAUUUUACUGUUACCAAUACCGGUGAACACUUUAUGGCCACUGAUGUCGAGUGGGAUCCUACUGGUCGUUUUGUAGCCACCGCUGUUAGUUGGUGGGCUCAUAAGGUUGAUAAUGCAUAUUGGGUUUGGUCUUUCCAAGGUAGACUUGUUAGGAAACACACGUUAGAUAAAUUCUGUCAAUUACUUUGGAGACCUCGACCACAAAGUCUUCUUUCUGAGGAAAAGAUCAAGGAAAUUAAGAAGAAUCUUAAACAGUACUCAACCGCAUUCGAUAUAAAGGACAAGAUGAUGAUGUCCAAGGUAUCGAAAGACAUUUUGGAUAAGAGGAAGAAGCUUAUGGACGAAUUUAAAGAAUACAAAGAAAAGAAAACACAAGAAGCUCGAUUACGUCGUGUUAAAUUAUUACAAUUAAGAGGAGUUCGAGAUGAAAAGAAAGAAGGAGAUAGUGAAGAAAUUGUUGAAUUUUUGAUUCGUGAAGAGAAAAUUGAAUUAGAUGAUUAAUUCAAAUUGAUAACAAUCAGAAUAAUAAGAAAGAAAAAAGUCUAAAAAUCCCAAUUAAAAGCCAUCAAUUAAUCUUUAUACUUCAACAUCAAACCAUCAACCUAAAAACAUCAAGGACUUAACAUAAAUUGAGUUUCAACAAUUGAAGCUCAAUAAAUGAUGAAAAUCUCCUUGUAUCAAACUUGUAUUUUAAUUAACUUAAUCUUUUUGGUGAAUAAAGUUUGUAAAAGAGACGAUUGUCCAAUUAAAGAGAAAACAAUUAACAAUAA